GGUUAUCGUUACUGGGCAGGGAUAGGAGUAGCUGCUAAUUGUGAGUCUGCACUGACUUAUUACCGCAGAGUGUCCAACAAAGUUGCAGAGGAUGUCUCCUUAACUGGUGGAGCUGCCACUCAAAGAAUACGGCUUAUAGAUGAAGAAGAACAGGGUGGAAGCAGCUCAGUGCUAGAUGAAGACCUCAUUCAGUAUUACCAGUUUCUUGCUGAUAAAGGGGAUGUACAGGCUCAGGUUGGCCUUGGUCAGUUACAUUACCAAGGAGGGCGCGGAGUUGAAAUAGAUCAUGCAAGAGCCUUCAGAUACCUCCAGCAAGCUGCUGAUGCAGGAAAUUCAAAUGCCAUGGCCUACUUGGGAAAGAUGUAUUCCGAGGGAAGUACUGCUGUCAAGCAAGACAAUGAGACAGCCUUCCAGUGGUUCAAAAAAGCUGCAGAUGCUGGUAAUGCUAUUGGCCAAAGUGGCUUGGGUUUGAUGUACAUGUUUGGGAAAGGGGUGAAGAAGGACUAUGAGAAAGCCUUCCAAUACUUCAAACUGGCUGCUGAGCAAGGUUGGGUUGAUGGACAUCUCCAAAUGGGAACACUGUAUUACCAUGGACUUGGUGUGAGGCGCGACUAUAAGAUGGCCAUCAAGUUCUUUAAUUUAGCAUCACAGACUGGUAAGGGAUGCUAUUGACUAUCCCCAACAACUUAAGCACAUUAUUACAAUUACAGUUAUCUGGUGUGAUAAUCUAGCUGACAAUAGUCCUGAAUAGUACCAAUCAUAACCAACAAAUGCUACUCAAGUCUUACAGCCAAUCGCAUUGUAACAAAACUGACCAAUCAGUUUUCACAAAACAGACUUACUUCAUUCAACUAUGGAGUAACUCUUCACUUGAAUCUGAUGAUGACUUCUAACUAGAUUAUCAAAGAUUUAUUAAUAGAAAUGGAUGUUAGUCUUUUUUUGACUACCUCUGUGCCCUCUCAAGGACUAGCACACUACACAAGUGAAUUUCAC